CUUCCUACUCACGUACCUCCCCAAGUUGCAAUCAUGCAUCCGUGACGGAUUUUCACAUUUUUUAUGUUAGCCAUGAAUAUCAUAUUAAUUGAGCGAGACAUAGCCAGCAGCGGCCGAGAGGGAUGUUGCCCGGCAACAGUUUUGAUAAUCGAAUCAGCUCAGCCGCUCCUUUGUUGGAGGUGGUGAGUGGCAGCGGCCAUGCCCAUUUUCAUGGAGGAGAUGAACAGAGCAGACGCAGAAAGUGGUGGCCGUGGUAUGGAGCGGCUGAUUUUGAGGAGGCAAAGUCUCAAAUUAUGUUUGCAUCUCCCAUGAUCCUAACCAGCGUGCUUUAUUACUCCAUCACCACAGUUUCGGUCAUGUUUGCAGGCCAUCUCGGCCCCAUAGAGCUCGCCGGCUCCACCCUCGCCAAUGCUUGGGCCACUGUCACCGGUUUUGCUUUCAUGGUAGGGUUAAGUGGAGCAUUGGAGACUCUAUGCGGACAAGGAUUUGGUGCUAAGAUGUACAGGAUGCUGGGAAUUUAUUUGCAAGCAUCCUGCAUUAUAUCAUUCUUCUUCUCAGUGGUUAUAUCCAUUUUCUGGUUUUACACAGAGCCUGUGCUACUUUUUCUUCACCAAGACCCUCAAAUUUCAAAAUCAGCUGCUCUCUUCAUGAGGUAUCUCAUCCCAAGUUUAUUUGCAUUCGGCUUUCUCCAAAACAUUUUGAGAUAUCUUCAAACACAAUCGGUUGUCAUGCCACUGCUCUUCUUCUCCAUGGUCCCAUUUAUCCUUCAUUUCGGAAUUGUUUAUGCAAUGGUUCACUGCACAUCUCUUGGUUUCAAGGGAGCUCCCUUGGCAGCUUCCAUUACAUUAUGGAUAUCAACCUUGAUGUUGGCCUUGUACGUGUUUUGCUCAAAGAAAUUUCAGCAUACAUGGGAAGGAUUUUCACUGGAAGCAUUUUGUUAUAUCCUCGCUGACUUGAAGCUGGCAUUGCCUUCUGCAGCAAUGGUGUGUUUAGAGUACUGGGCUUUUGAGAUCCUAGUGAUUUUAGCAGGGUUGAUGCCAAACUCGGAAAUAACCACUUCAUUAACUUCAAUAUGUGUUCAAACAGAAGCAAUUGCAUAUAAUCUCACAUAUGGUCUAAGUGCUGCUGCAAGUACAAGGGUGUCAAAUGAGCUGGGAGCUGGAAAUCCAAAUGGUGCAAAGAAAGCCAUGAUCAUGUCCAUGAAGCUCUCUGUCCUUCUUGCUCUUGUGAUAAUUACUCUUCUGGGAUUUGGUCGUAACAUAUGGUCUGGCUUCUUCAGUAACAGCUCUGCAAUAAUUACGGAGUUUGCCUCACUUACUCCCUUCCUUGUACUUUCCAUAUCACUUGAUUCUAUCCAGGGUGUUUUAUCAGGGGUGGCAAGAGGAUGCGGGUGGCAGCACUUAGCUGUGUAUGUAAACUUGGGAAUGUUUUAUCUCAUUGGCAUGCCAAUCGCUGGCUUUCUGGCAUUUAAAUGGAAGCUAUAUGUAAAGGGGUUGUGGAUUGGAUUGAUCUGUGGCCUGUUUAGCCAAGCUACUGCUCUGCUAUUUGUUACAUUUUGCAGAAACUGGAACAAGAUUAAUAUCUCUGCAAGCAUUGGAGAUAAAGAUAAUUCUCAGCAUGUUGUCACUUCACGAGAUUAGUUAUUGCUUACUUUAGUCAAAUAUUGACAAAUUCUCACUUGAACUGUACUUGUUAAAAUAUCUUAAUAUAUAGAUAUAUAUAUAUAUAUAUUAUAUAUAUAUAUGACUGAGUUGUAAACACCAUGCAGCUCUAUCUUGGUAGAGCUGAUUACUCGAA